CGCACUGUCAGUGCAGUGUGUUGGAGAGCAGCGCGCCAGCAGUGAAGCAGUUAACACUGAGCACAGUGCAGUAGUGCCGGACACCGGAGCGCGGCUCUGAGCAUGUGCUGUUCCUGCUGCAGUGAAGGAAAAUGUGUCAGUUAUCAUUGGAGAGUAUAAGGGAGGAGAGAGGGAGAGGGAGAGGGAGGUUAGCCGGGGCAAACACACGACGAGAGGGAACUGAUGCGACCAUGUUCCUGUUUCGCCUUUUGUCCUCUGCAUGAUUACAAUGAACUGUCAAAGGGUCGAUCCCACACUCACUGCAGUGCCACAAUAAAACACGCAAGACCCCCAGAGUUUUCAAAGGAUCAAACGGCCCAGUCACCAUGGCAACAGCGAUGACCCCUGAGCCCCUGACGCCGCUGUCCCGGUGGUAUCUGUAUGCCAUCCAUGGCUACUUCUGCGAAGUCAUGUUUACAGCAGCAUGGGAGUUUGUGGUCAAUUGCAACUGGAAGUUCCCUGGUGUGACGAGCGUGUGGGCACUUUUUAUCUAUGGAACAUGCAUCCUGAUAGUUGAGCGCAUGUACCUGCACCUGCGGGAUCGCUGCAAUGUCUUGCUGCGUUGCUUCAUAUACACCCUGUGGACAUACAUGUGGGAGUUUGGAACAGGGUUACUGCUGCGGCAAUUCAACGCCUGCCCUUGGGACUACUCACAAUUCAAGUACAACUUCAUGGGCUUGAUAACGGCCGAAUAUGCCUUGCCUUGGUUCUGUGCGUCGCUCAUCGUGGAGCGUCUGGUCAUUCGCAACACAUUGCGGCUGCGCUUUGACGAGUGGCCUGAGCCUGGCCAGGUUGGAGGAGGUGGAAGCGGAGAAAGAGGAGAAGGAAGAAGAGGAGCCAGAGAAGUGGCCACCAAUGCCAAUGGCUAUGUGAAAGUGGACUGAGUGAGAGUUGUCAUUUUCCCCUAUAGAUCUUUAAAAUUGUAUUUGCUUUUCUUUUCUCUUGAAGGUGUUUUUCAGCUUUCUCCUUUUCCACCCAUUAUCUGGGAGAGAGAUGUUAAGAUUCAGGUGUGGAUCAGUAAAAAAAAAGAAAACCGCAGCUACACUAAGGUCUGUGGUAUUGGUGCCUCACAGAUGAGAACUGCAUUUUCUGCAAUAGUGUCCAAUUUCUUAUACGCCUCAUUUUGGCAUCCCCUUGUAUCCUAUUACGACAGGGGAAACAGAGGAUUUUAUUGUGGACUUUGUAUCAUUUGGUCAUUCCUGUACUGUCGGUCUGCUUCAGCAACAGUAGGAGGAAUAAGGAGCAAGAAAAAUACAUGAAAGCUUACAUUUUUGUCAGGGAAAUAAAAUAUUGAAAAACGGACCAGAAAAUAACAAAAUUGAAAAAUGGACCAGAAAAUAACAAAUGCUAAAUACAAACCCAAUAUUUUUAGCAUAUUAAAAUAAAGUGUGUAGUAGCACAAGCAAAUAACUAUUAGGAUAAAAAAUUUUACUUGUUGAAUUUGUUAUUUAUUUAUUCAUAUUUAUCUAAUGCUAGUUAAGUAACUUAUUAUAGGCUUAUAGUAUGUUGUAUACUGUGCCCUAAAGUAAUGCAUUGAACUUGAAUCUAGUGUUUUUAUACUGAACAACAAAAAAAGAAUGCUUGAACAUGCAUGAGAAUAGUGUCUUCCAGAUUUUUUAACAAGAGGCAAAUCUAAAAAUAUAUUCUAUAAAGAGAAUUGUGUUUAUUUUUAAUCACAUGGAUUAAGACACAAAGGAGUACUGUACUGUAUUCACUUGUACUGCUGAUAGUUAGGAUUUAAAUAUGGAAUGUUUUAAAAUUUUGUGUGAAUAUCUUGAAAAGAGUGUUAAGAGUGAUGAGAUGUGAUCAGCUGCUAUGUUCUUUCUUUCCUUCUCUAAUAUAUCCUGUAUUAAUCAAAAUUGACCAGGCAUUGUGCACUAAAGUCCUUAAACUAAUAAUAAUAAUAAUAAUAAUAAUAAUAAUAAUAAUAAUAAUAAUAAUAAUAAUAAUAAUAAAAACAGCUUUUUAAGGCUUUAGAAUGAAAAGUCCAAACAUGAAAAAAAAACUAAGCAAAAAAUGGGCUAAAACAAUUUUUGUACAUUAAUUAACAACAUUAACAUUAACAACUUAAUGCAUGUUAAAAAAUGGUUAUCUUAAAUAUAAUUUAAAAAUGUUUUUAUUGUAUCCAAGUAGAUCAACAGUGAAGUUAAAAACCCAGAAUAUCCCAUUCGUUCAAUAAAUAGAAAUAAUGCAUUUCUUUUUAUUGAAAAAACUAUUCACAGUAAAAAAAAAAAAUCUGAAUUCAAGAUCUUUUUAAAGAUAAUACAAAAGAGUCAAGUGUCAUUUAGCAGCUUCCAUGUAAAAAAGGAGGAUGUUAACUGGCAUGCAGUGUAGACUAAUGAAAGUGUCAGUGAAAAUUGUCCUAAGGUUUGAUAAUCAGGAGAACAUUUCCAAUAUUAAAAUGAGAACACAUGGUCAUCUUUGGCGUCUUAUUUCACAGGGGUAUAAAAAUAAAGUGACACCAUGAAGUAGCAGGAGAUUUUAAAUAAAAAAUCUGGCAGCCUCUGCCACAAAGUUA